UCCCCCCUCAUGUUCCUUCUCGAUCUUCCCCUCUCAUUGACCUUCAAGAGCAUAGGCCGCCGGCCAAUGCACGACGCUCUACCAAUGCCUGUCCGUCGAGAUGCGCUGAGAGCGGCGGCGGGCCUGCCAGCUCUCUGUUCUCCCUCGCUUGUUGGCGGUCACCCUGCUGGGUGUGCCCAUUUGACAAGCGCCAGAGUCAUUGCCAGUGAGUUGUUCGUCUUGAACGUGGCCCAUGCUUACCCGUCCUCUGCAUACACCGCCUCUGUGCUGGUCCUUGGGAAGACAGGAGGACAGGAGGGCGACCGGAGACGCCUCGAGGGAUCGAAGGCUUCAAAUGGCAGCGUUGGCCCGCCAACCCCAGUUUCCUUCUAG